CAUGCCUCCUUGACUCUGUCGGCCAACUCCACUCGUACCCCUCCUCCUUUUCUUUGCUUCAUACCAUAGCCUGCCAUGGAGGUCCACAGAUGUCGAUUCGUGGACUAUGUUCCAUCCGCCAUCAAUGCACUCGCUUUUGCACCCAACACAACAAGGCCCGUUAUGGCCUGCGGAAGGGCCAAUGGAGAUAUUGAGGUCUGGAACCCGAAGAACGAGUGGACCCUGGAGAAGGUUAUUCCCGGAGGAAAGAACACGUCCGUCGAAGCCCUUGCGUGGGCCCAUCAAACCAUUCUGACUGAAGACGAUGAUUUCUGGGAUUCAGAAAAGGAAAAGCAAGCAGCCAUAAAGAAACUGGUCAAGACAUCUCCUAGGCUGUUUUCUGCUGGACUGAAUGCCGUCGUGACCGAGUGGGAUCUCACAACGCUGAAGCCCAAGCGUUCGGUUGACUCCCAUGGUGGAGCUGUCUGGUGCAUGGCGACAAAUCACGCCAAUACCGUGCUGGCCGUUGGAUGUGAGGACGGGUGUGUAAGGCUGUUUGACAUUGCGGACGGCGAGCUCGCGUUCAUCAGAUCUUUCGAUAAGCAAAAAACGAGAAUCUUGUCGCUGGCUUGGUCACUGGAUGAUACGACCAUGGUUACUGGAUCAGCUAACAGUAAUAUAUACAAGUGGAAUGUCGAGUUCGGUCGUGUUGUUUCCCGCAUGACUGUGGAUCGUAUUUCUGGAGAGGAUACCUUGGUGUGGUCUGUCAAGAUUUUGAGCAAUGGCAACGUUGUUAGUGGUGACUCACUAGGACACGUCAAGUUCUGGGAUGGCGCUACUACAACUAUGCUGCAAUCUUUCAAUUCUCAUGGGGCUGAUGUUCUUUGCUUGGCUGUUGGAAGGGACGGCAACACUGUGUUCUCAUCAGGAGUCGACCGCAAAUGCAACCAGUACCGCUUCGUGGAUCAGCCUGCUCCUAAGAAGGCAGGAAAGAAUGGAAAGGUUGGAAAGACUGGAUCGAUCCAUGGCAAAACAGAGAUGGUCUCAAAGUGGGUUCUGGCUGGAUCAAGACGCUUUCACUCACACGAUGUCCGUGCAUUGGCAUUGGAUGAGAGCAGGAAUGUCGAUGCCUUGGUUUCUGGAGGUGUCGAUGUGUCGAUGGUCGUCUGUCCUGCUGCCCAAUUCCCUGAUAUCAACCAACGUCGCCUACCUUAUGUUCCCCAAAGACCUAUCGUAUCCAUCAGCAAAUCAAACCGCCUCAUGCUUUGCAGGCAAGCGCAUGGCAUCAAGGUCUGGCGCCUUGGAAAGUCCGCAUCGCCCGUUCAGCCUUACUCAGAGAUCGAAAUUGGUGCACAUAUGGAUUUGAUCGAGCCACAGCAGGCCAUUCUCGAGAUGACCUUCAAGGAGGACCGCAACUUGACCGCCAGUGCAUUGUCAGAGGAUGGCCAUUGGAUUGCAGUUGCAGAUAUUGAGGAGGUUAAACUGUUCCGCGUCAGUGAGAACCCUGCUCGUCCUGGUCAGUUGAUUGUCAAGAAGCAAAAGUCCUUCCCAGGAGUUCGUGGAACAGGAGCCCACUUUCUUUCAUUCACACCAGACAGCACUCGACUUGUGGUCGCCUCCACGGACUCGCAUGUAGUCAUUGUGGAUAUUGCUCAGUGGGAAUCCGGUAAUUUUGACACCCUACGCAAGUUUGGUCACCAUCGUGGAGCGGGCGGCAAGGAAUCAGAAUCGAUGGACGUGGACGGACAGGAGGAUAUUGUCGGAGGUGAGGGUCAGGCAGAGACGAUUGUGUAUAUGGCUGUCUCUGCAGAUGGACAGUGGUUGGCAACGGGUGACCUCAAGAACCGGAUCUUCGUCUUCAACUUGGAUACACUCCAGCACCAUGCUACACUUCCUGUCUUCGAUGCCCCGUUGACGGCUCUUCAAUUUCACCCAUAUUCACCCACUCUGGUUAUCCCCACAGCCACCAACGUCUUCUAUCUCUUCAACGUCGAAACCCGUCGGCUCACAGACUGGUCGCGCGAAUACUCUUCAGAUAAGAACUUCCCAACAAAGUUCUUGGGCCUCAAAGACAAGAUUCAGGGCAUUGCCUUCAAUCCCGCCCGCAAGAAUACACUACUUGUUUGGGGCGCAACCUAUAUCUGCCAGGUGGAUUUAGAUCAGGGCGUUGGGGACCGUAAUGCGAUUCUGAAUGUUGGCAAGAGGAAACGAGUCGAUCGUGCCAAGGACGAGAUCCGCAAACAGCAACGGGAACGCAGGAUGAAAAAGUAUGCAGCCCUUGGCAUUCUGCCGAUGCCUGAGCUGGAGUCUGGAAAGGCUGUUGUGGUACUAGAAGGAAAGAAAGGACGCAAGGUGCUUGCGGCAGCAACAAAUCAUGUGGAGGAGGAGAAGGAGGAAGAGUUCAAUUUCCAGUUACUGCACAAGUUCCAGCCGCUGAUGUUUGUGGACUUUGUUGGUGACAACUCACUGGUGGUGGUUGAGCUUCCAUUUAUCAAGAUUCUGUCGAGUCUGCCGCCAAGCUACUACCGCGCCAGCUACGGAACAUAAGCCUGCUUAUCCGGGUGUUCCGUAUCUGUUCGUGUUGCACGUCCUUGUCCAUCAUCCAUACUUCAUCUCUUAUUAUUUUUUUGCAUGCCCCUUUAGAUCCUAUUACCCUUUUGCUCUUUUCAUCGCAGCACAGCA